GGCGUGCGCGCUCGCUCCCGCGCGCGCGUGUGUGUGUUGUGGGCGGUGCGCGUGUGCAUCCCGGGAAGAGCUGGCAAUGGCGGCGCGGGGCGGGAGGCCGCAGCCCACUCUGCACAGGAAGGGGCUGAUGGCGGCCGACAGGAGGAGCAGGGUACUGGCGGUGUGUGGCAUGCACCCUGACCAUCAGGAAACCCUGAAGAAGAACAGGGUGGUGCUGGCCAAGCAGCUGCUGCUGAGUGAGCUGCUGGAGCAUCUCCUAGAAAAGGACAUCAUCACUUUGGAGAUGAGGGAGCUCAUCCAGGCCAAAGGGGGCAGUUUCAGCCAGAACGUGGAACUCCUCAACCUGCUGCCCAAGAGGGGACCCCAGGCUUUUGAUGCCUUUUGUGAAGCCCUGCGAGAGACCAGACAAAGUCACUUGGAAGACUUACUGCUCACAACACUCUCUGAUAUUCAGCAUGUACUCCCACCGUUGAGCUGUGACUAUGACACAAGUCUCCCUUUCUCGGUGUGUGAGACCUGCCCCCCUCACAAGCAGCUCCGCCUGUCCACAGGUACUAUGGAACACUCCUUAGAUAAUGGCGAUGGUCCUCCCUGCCUUCAGGUGAAGUCUUGCACUCCAGAGUUUUAUCAGGCACACUACCAGCUGGCCUAUAAGUUGCAGUCUCAGCCUCGCGGCCUGGCACUGGUGCUGAGCAAUGUGCACUUCACUGGAGAGAAAGACCUGGAGUUUCGCUCUGGAGGGGACGUGGACCACAAUACUCUAGUCGCCCUCUUCAAGCUUUUGGGCUAUAACGUCCACGUUCUACGGGACCAGACUGCACAGCAAAUGCAAGAGAAACUUGAGAAUUUCGCACAGUUGCCUGCGCACCGGGUCACAGACUCCUGCGUAGUGGCGCUCCUCUCACAUGGUGUGGAAGGCGGCAUCUACGGUGUGGAUGGCAAACUGCUUCAGCUCCAGGAGGUUUUUCGACUUUUUGACAAUGCUAACUGUCCGAGUCUGCAGAACAAGCCGAAAAUGUUCUUCAUCCAAGCGUGCCGUGGAGACGAGACAGAUCGAGGGGUGGACCAGCAGGAUGGGAAGAAUCACCCACAGUCCCCCGGAUGCGAGGAGAGUGAUGCUGGCAAAGAGGGGUUGAUGAAGAUGAGACUGCCCACCCGCUCAGACAUGAUAUGUGGCUAUGCUUGCCUGAAAGGCACUGCUGCCAUGCGGAACACCAAACGGGGUUCCUGGUACAUUGAAGCACUCACUCAGGUUUUCUCUGAAAGAGCUUGUGACAUGCACGUGGCUGACAUGCUGGUUAAGGUGAAUGCCCUUAUCAAGGAACGUGAAGGCUACGCCCCUGGCACAGAGUUCCACCGAUGCAAGGAGAUGUCCGAGUACUGCAGUACGCUGUGCCGGCAGCUCUACCUGUUCCCAGGCCACCCACCCACGUGAUGCCACCUGCCGCCCGUGCUGCUGGAGGCCACUGGACCACUGGGCACAAUGGAGCCUUCGCUUCGGAUGGUUUUUGUUUUUUCUUUUCUAUCUACCCGCUCAGGGAUAUGAGACUCUCCCAGGCUUAUUUCCUGCUGGCCAUCUCCAUCUUUGAGUAUGAGACUUAAGGACAGCUCUUCGGUGUGGUGCUCUGUCCCUGCAGAGCCGGCUCUGAAUGGAUUUGUUGCCAGAAGCGUUUUGGUUAUAGCCGAAGAGCCUGGAAAAUGACAUUGUGAACACAGUGUUACUGUGGAAAGAGGGCAUGGGGAUUUCUCAAUGUUUGAUAUUUCUGUUCCCAGGGCUUUUAGGGGUACUUUGGUCACUGAUUAGUCACGUCAGUUAAGGUAUCUCAGAGAUCAUCUCCUGUCUUUUUUUUUUCUUUUCCAUCUCUACAACCUCGUUUGUCCCAGAGUAAAGAUUUGGAAGAUGUCCCACUUUAACGUAGGUGUGUUCGUCUGUCUUGAUGAGGCAGAUGAGAGUCGGGCCGUGCUGCUGUGAGCAGAAGUUCCCGAGCAUGCCUUCGCGUGCAGGCCCUAGUGUAGGGCUGUCUUCUCAGCUCCUUCGUGCUCUCUGCAGCCAGCCUUCGACAGAGCCUAAGGUCUGCGUGCCGUGACACUGGGCGCUACAGAAAUUCCCCGGGCCAUAGAAACGCAGUGACAGGUGAACACGCCGUGUCUCACACUGUCCCGUCACCAGGAUGUCUCCUGCCUUACUGUGAUUUCCACUAUCUGGCCUCCAGAAGGUUCUUGCUUUGCACUGACGUGCCCCUCUUUGUCUUUCGUCCUGUUCGCCGCUUCUGCCAAGUCUGAGGUCCUCCUUUGCAGGCUCUUCUGGCCACUGAAGGUCUGUAGCAUCUUCUUCCUUCCUUCCUUCCUUCCUUCCUUCCUUCCUUCCUUCCUUCCUUCCUUCCUUCCUUCCUUUCUUCCGUUUCUUGAGGCACUACCCCUCCCCCCAUUGUUUCCUUGUGUCAGUGAGGAUAGUACCAUACAUGAUAUUCCAUUAACCUAAAGCACUUGUUUCUGCUUUUAUGAAGCUUUAUUUUUGUUUGUUUGUUUGUUUGUUUUCGAGGCAGGGUUUCUCUGUAUAGUUUGGAGCCUGUCCUGGAACUCGCUCUGUAGAUCAGGCUGGCCUCGAACUCAUGGAGCCCCUCCUGUCUCUGCCUCCCAAGUGCUGGGAUUAAAGGUGUGUGGCACUACUGUCCACCAGAACUUUAUUAUUCUUUAAAAACCUUUGCACUUCCAUUUUUGCCUCUCUUCCAGUUUAUCUUCCACAUAACAGUAGUUUCAGUUUUUAAUAUAUCUGAUGAUGUCGCUCCCUGCUUAGAGCACUAGCUUCCUUUACACCUCAUCUGAAAGUCAAAUCCUUACCCAGUUUACAGGAUCUGGCUCUUACUUCCCUUGGAUCUCAAUAAAUGGUGAUCUCUCGCUGUGCUCCAGCCUCUCAGUGUCUCCUAUCAGUGUCGCAGGUGUUCUGAGCUCUUCUUUAGGACAGUGUCUGAUUCUCGAGUCUAGUGGCGCCCUCUCCACAAGCUGUCCUCUUUUGACUUCAUUGUUCUUACUGCAGUUUGUAGCGGCACGUCCCUACCGAGCUGAAAGCUCCCAGAGAGCAGCACCGUGUUUCUUACUGUAUACCCAGUGCUUGGCACUUAGUAGGUCUUCAAUGAAUGUUUCUUGAAAAACAAGGAGUCAAGCAGCUAGCUCCAGUUAAAUCCUACCUUUUAGCAAUUUCUAAAUUGUUCCUACAGCAUACAGUUUCAUUAGUAUUUGUGCUCUUUGGGGUUUUUUCAGGUGUUUUAUUUUCAUCCACUGAUUUCUUGUUUGUUUUUAAACUGUUUGAAGACACGUCACGUGUGAGACAACUUCCUUCGCAUCUCCAUGGUGCCCAGCAUAUUUGAGGCCUAUGGUAGUUGAGGUGCUCUAUUAAUGUUUGUUGUGUGAACCAGGUGGUUUGAAGACUUGCUGCCAAAUUCUGCCUUUGGGUCAGUAUAGGAUGCAUAUAUCUGAGUGGUAGAAUCUUCACACUUCCCACUGCCAAGAUUUUGUAUUGCCAUCAGGUGCCAAAUAAAUGUUGAUACUUAUUA